AUGCCCGAUCCCAGCAUCUCGCAGUUCACCUCCGUCUUCCGUGCCUCGGACGCCCACCGCGUCAAGCGCUGCCGCCAGACCGUCUCUUGCACGGCCUGCCAGCGCCGCAAGUCCAGAUGCGACCGCCAGCACCCGUGCGGUGCCUGCGAAAAGCGCGGCAGCGGCGAGACUUGCUCGUACAGCUCAGCCGCGCCGGCGGCGGGAAUUGAAAAGGCAGCCGGUAGCAGCAGCAGACGAGAUGUCCAGCUGAAGCUCAGCCAGCUGGAGCAGAUGGUGAGGGGGCUGGCCGAGAAGAAGGCGGGCGGCGGAGGUGAGAGGCGCUCGGGCAGCGACAGGGACGAGCUGGAGACGAGCUAUCACGGGGCGACGUCGUGGACGGCGUUGGUUGAGAGUAUCCGCGAUAUCCAGGACAUUCUGGUGGCUGAUCAGGAGUCUGGGUCGCCCGAGGAGGCGGCCGAGCCAGAGCUUCUGCUGGGAGACAUGCCGCCCAUCACGAUCAAGGAGGUCAUGGUGGCCUUGCCGUCGCGGCAGGAUGCCGACAAGCUCAUCAUGGCCUACUUCAAAGCCAAAUUCAUCGCCGUCUGCCUCAUCCACACGCACCAGUUCAAGCGCCGCUACGACGCCUUCCGGGCCGAUCCCUCGUCCACCAGCUUCCUCUGGAUCAGCAUCCUAUUCUCCAUCCUCAGCAUCGGCACAAUGAUCACCAACACCAAAGAACCAGACACUUUGUCUUCGUCGUCAUCCUCAACCUCAUCAGCGCCAGACUCGCGCUUCUACAUGGUCAAGGCCGCCCAGUGCCUCAUCGCAGGCCAGUACCUAAGGGGGAAGCGCUUCUCUGUCGAGGCCCUCCUGAUGCACGCCCACUCGCGCAAUGUCCAGAAACUCGACUCGGACUCGUCGCUGUGGUCGUUGUAUGGGAUGGUCGUGCGGCUGGCGCAAAGGCAGGGCUACCACCGCGAUGCGGUCAAAAUCCCCGGCAGCAGAGCCAUGACGCCGUUUGAGGCCGAGAUGCGGCGCAGGACCUGGUUCCUGAUCCAGUCGACGGACCUGUUGUUCUCCUUCCAGAACGGCAUGCCGCCCAUCAUCACGCAAGACGCCUGCGAUGUUGGUCACCCUACAAACCUGACCGACGACGACUUCGACGAGGACUGCGUCUCUCUGCCUGCGCCUCGUCCUCCCACGGACCCUCUCCCCAUUCUCGCUUACAUCACAAAGUCCAGGCUCUGCUCCGUCAUGCGCCGUGUUGUACGCCAUGUCCUUGCUGUUGCUCCGGCCCCUUACUCCGAGACGCUUGCUCUCGACCGGGAGUUGCGAGAGUGGCAUGAUACCGUGCCCGCUUGUCUGCGAAUCCGCACCAUCCGCAACACGGCCUUCACCGAUGCCAACUAUACCAUUAUGCACCGGCUGAUGCUCGAACUCAUGUACCUUAAGAGCCUGUGUAUACUGCAUCGCCCGUACCUUACAACGCACAAACAUGACGCCGAGUACAACUCCUCAAGGCAAGUCUGCAGAGAGUCGGCGCUCAUGAUACUGGAGAUGCAGGCAGAGCUUGAUGUUGAGACCGGUUCAGGGGGGAGAAUGUAUGAGGAUAGAUUCAUGGUUUCCAACCUGACGCUUCAUCAUUUCCUGCUUGCGGCAAUGAUCAUCUGCUUAGAUCUCAGCGAGUCCACAGACAUAGACUCAGAAGAAAGGCUCAAGCGCAUAAUCACCCUCCGCACCGCCUAUUCCAUCUGGUCCGCCCGUAGCACCACCUCCGCCGACGCCCUCCACGCCUCCAGAGUCCUCCGCGCCAUUCUUAACCGCAUCGACUCCCCCGGCAGCACCGCUUCCACAAACUCAGGGCUCAUGAUUACCACGCCAACUUCCUCCCUUAUGCAGAGCUACGAGAAUGCUCCUACGAUAUCAGACGACGCAAUGCAACAAAUCAUGCCCAUUGGCGGUAACGACACGUAUAUCACAGACGACGCACUGUUUGGAAACGGCAUAGGUAUUGGUAUGCCGAGCUUCGAAGAUAUGUUUACCAACAUUGACAUGUUCGACUGGGUACGUGACCUCCCCCUUUUUAGCUCUUUUCGUUAUCCUCCGCUCCUUGCGCUUUGUAUUAACGCCCAGCCUUCUAAAUAG